UGUUGCCUGGCACGCUCCAGGAGGAGAAGAACCGGAAGCUCGGCGCUGAAGCAAAAGUUUAGAAGCGGGGCGCUGGCAUCUUAGCCCAAGGAGUUCUGUAAUCGUUAAUAUGUCUGAAAUCAAGCAAAGGAGGAAAACUAAUAUUUUAGCCAAACCAAAUGAAAAUCAACAAAACCCGGACAAACAGUCGGAUUUGGGGACUACCCGUAGUCCUAAAUCUUUUUGGGUGGACGCACGAACAGCUGCAAGCUGCCUGUCUCUCACAGCCUGUGUCGGCUUAACAUGGUUCCUUUUUCAGCAGUCAGCUCAACUUGCUGCUGUAGAGGAAAAGUACCAUUUAUUGAAGCAAGAAGCUGUGAUGUUUCAGGAGAUGGAAAAUAAAAUUGAACUAAUGUCCACAAAGUGUGAGAAGACAGUCAGCUUAGUGGAACAACUAGAAGAGCUUCAACUAAUUGCUCAAAUGAAACAUCUGCAAGAGGAGAUGGACACUAUGCAGAAAUGGUCUAAAAACUUAACUUGGGCACAAGAUCUCCAGCAAAACUUAACAUCUCUGUUUCAUGCAGUUACUACAUAUGAGAAGAGUAUGGCUUCUGUAACAAAGAACUUUUCUGUAAAGAUUGCAGCUGUGAAGACUGAUAUCAGACGCAUUUCAGGUCUUGAAGCAGACAUGACCUUAUUAGUAGAAAGCCUGCAUACUAUUGAAGAUAAAGUAGAUAAAGCUGAAAAAACUACUGUACAGAGUAUAGGGAGUCUUCUUACAAAUAGCAUAGACAGGACUGCAAAACUACAAAGUUCUGCAUCUGAAAAUGAAAGACAAUUAACGUUCAUUAGAACAAAAUUGUCUGAACUAACUGCUGAUAUUGACAGACAAUCAACUAAAUUGCUGAAUUUGGAAAGUGAUAGAGCCAAAGUUUUGAAAACAGUAGCUUUUGCCAAUGACUUAAAACCUAAAGUGUAUAAUUUAAGGAAGGAUUUUGCACAUUUAGAGCCAAUGAUAGAUGAGCUAACAUCAAGAAUAGGAAGAUUGGUUGGGGAUCUGCUGGAAAGGCAGAAAGAAAUUGCUUACCUAUAUAAGGAACUCUCUAAUUUAACUUCCCUUCAGAAGGAAGUCAGUGUUGCAAACGAAGAAAUAACCCAAGUUUCAAAUUUAAGUUAGCCGUCUGAUGCAUGAAAUCUCAACUAUGGUAGCACAAAGCUUGAUGAGCUAGUAGAA